UUCACUUCCUUUUUUUUCUCUUUCACCAGAAAACUUUACAUUCACAUUUUUUUAUUUUUUUUUAUAAAAAUAAUCAUAUAUCAUAAAAAUGGCCCCCAAGACUGAUAAGCCCGUUGCCGGAAAGGCCCCCGCCAAGGUUGUUGAGAAGAAGGUCAAGGCCGAUGGAAAGAAGAAGAGAGUCACCCGCAAGGAGACCUACUCCUCCUACGUCUACAAGGUCCUCAAGCAGGUCCACCCCGAUACCGGUAUCUCCAACAAGGCCAUGUCCAUCUUGAACUCCUUUGUCAACGAUAUCUUUGAGCGCAUUGCCACCGAAGCCUCCAAGCUCGCCUCCUACAACAAGCGUUCCACCAUCUCCUCCCGCGAGAUCCAGACCGCCGUCCGUCUCAUCCUCCCCGGAGAGUUGGCCAAGCACGCCGUCUCUGAGGGUACCAAGGCCGUCACCAAGUACACCUCCUCCAAGUAAACACCAAAACAGAGAAAAAUCAAAAGCAAACCAAAAAAUCAAAAAAUAAUUCCCAUUCAAAAACAAAACAAAAAAAAUGCAUAUAUAUAUAUAUAUAUAUAUAAACUUUUAUAUAUUUUGAACUGAAGCUUUAAAAAGAGUAAAUGUGAUUGGAGAAGAGAGAGAUAAAGAGAUAUAUUCUAUAAGAUGAUAAUACAAUUUUGAAUUUUUUUUUUGCUUUGUUUAUUUUCAAGAAUAAUAAUCAAUUCAACACCACAUAUAUAUAUCAUUUAUACAAUUUUUUUUUUAAAAAAAAAUCUUUUGAUCCACUCAACAUGAUUGUCACUUUAUUUCAAUUUUUUUUAUAUUAUGUUAGUUUAAUAUCCAUGUACAGACCAUUUUCCCAUAUUGAUUUCAAAUGAUUAAAGAACCAAUUUUUUUUUGAUUCUAUACCUACUUUAUACUUGAUGUAAAUUUUGCCCAAAUUGUAUUUAUUAUUAUCUUGUAAGAAAAGGUUGAAUUGAAAUAAAGGUCUAGUACAACCUGUCUUUAUCAUUAUCAUU